AUGGUUAAUACUGAGCCUCACCUCUGCUUCCGAUCCUUCGUCGAGGCCUUAAAGGCCGACAACGAUCUGGUUGAGAUCAAUGACCCUGUCGACCCCAACCUCGAAGUUGGCGCCAUCACUCGUCUGGUUUGUGAAACUAACGACAAGGCACCACUCUUCAACAACGUUAUUGGCCAGCAAGAUGGUCUCUUCCGUAUUCUCGGUGCCCCAGCAUCACUCCGUAACUCCCCCAAGAGCCGAUAUGGCCGUCUUGCACGCCAUUUGGCUCUGCCACCCACCGCUUCGAUGAAGGAAAUCCUCGACAAGAUGCUGUCAGCCAGCGAAAUGACCCCUAUCACUCCCCAGGUUUUGCCUACUGGCCCUUGCAAAGAGAAUAUACUGCUGGAGGACCAGAUUGACCUUACCAAGCUGCCCUCCCCUAAGCUCCAUCAGCAUGACGGAGGAAAGUACAUUCAAACAUAUGGAAUGCACAUUGUUCAGUCCCCUGAUGGAACGUGGACCAACUGGUCCAUUGCCCGUGCCAUGGUUCACGAUGACAAGCAUUUGACCGGACUGGUGAUCGAACCGCAGCACAUCUGGCAGAUCCACCAGAUGUGGAAGAAGGAGGGCAAGGAUGUGCCCUGGGCUCUUGCCUUUGGUGUUCCCCCAGCUGCCAUCAUGGCUUCUAGCAUGCCCAUCCCCGAUGGUGUUAGCGAGGCCGAAUAUGUCGGUGCCAUGACUGGCUCAGCUUUAGAGCUUGUCAAGUGUGAUACCAACAACCUCUACGUGCCGGCCACCUCCGAGAUUGUAUUCGAGGGCACAUUGUCUAUUAGCGAGACUGGACCUGAGGGUCCCUUCGGUGAGAUGCACGGUUACGUUUUCCCUGCCGACACCCACCAGUGGCCCCUCUACAAGGUGAACCGCAUCACAUACCGUGAUAAUGCAAUUAUGCCCAUUUCUGCAUGUGGUCGCCUGACUGAUGAGACUCACACCAUGAUCGGAGCUCUGGCAGCAGCUGAGAUUGGCAAGGUCUGCAAGUUGGCAGGCCUCCCCAUCACUGACGCAUUCUCACCCUUCGAGUCCCAGGUCACCUGGGUAGCUCUGAAGGUCGACACAUCUCGCCUGCGUGAGCUGAAGACCACCUCGAAGGAAUUCUCCAAGCAGGUCGGUGACGUCGUUUUCAACCACAAGGCAGGAUACACCAUCCACCGUCUGAUCCUAUGUGGUGAAGAUAUUGAUGUUUACGAGGGCAAGGACGUCAUGUGGGCUUUCAGCACUCGUUGCCGUCCUAAUAUGGAUGAGACCUUCUUCGAGGAUGUCCGUGGAUUCCCUCUUGUUCCAUACAUGUCUCACGGAAACGGAUCGCCUAUUCAGGGUGGCAAGGUUGUUUCUGAUGCUCUGAUGCCGACGGAGUACACCACGGGGCGGGACUUCGUGGCUGCUGACUUCAAGAACUCGUACCCUGUUGAACUCCAGAACAAGGUUUUGGAGAACUGGACCAAGAUGGGUUUCCGAAACGUUGAGUAG